AUGGUAAUUCAUUGUACUGCGGGGGAUGGAGGAGAAGGUGUUGACGGAGGACCAGGAAAUGGUCGUCGAUUUGGUGGUGGUGCGGAACAAAGAGGAGAUGAUAGAUCUGAACAUAAAAAUAGAAGAAAAAUAGACGGAGUUGUUCGUGGAGGAGACAGAGGAGACAAAUGUACAACUGAUGGUGGUAGCGGAGGUGUUGCUGCUGGUGCGUUCUCAGAGUCUCUGAGGGAAAUGGGUACUUGUCUACUUGAGCAAAGUGCACUGACUCGGGAACAACGAAGCGGUAAUGAUAUCCGAUUGCUGAGUAAAGUGCAAUUUGAGCUUCAAGAACUUGUUGAUAGCUAUCGGUCUCAUAUUUUCCAGAUAAUAACAUCGUCUGAGUCCAUUCUCAAUCAACUACAAACAAUGGAGGAGAUGAAACAACAGUGUGAUGAAAAAAGAAAUAUGUAUCAAGGCCUUUUGGUUGCCCAGGCGAAAAUGGAAAAGUCAAGAUCUUUCAAGGCUAAAACCGAUUCACCUCAGCAGUUGCAAACAGCUUCCUAUGAAUAUGAACGAGAGGCGAUUAGUUUUGUUUCCUUGUUGCAAUCAUUGAAAGAACAGCAAACCCGGAGUCUCCUAACACAGGCAGUUCAGCACCAUGCUAGGCAGAUUAGUCUCUUCACAAAGGUACUAAAAUCUCUCGAGGCAAUAGACCUGGAAGUGAGAUUGGCGGCUGAACAUCGGCAUAAUGAUCACAACUCCAGUGACCUUCAGGAUCUUUCUAUGGAUGCAAGCUUGAGUGGCGCUCGCAAUAAUUUACGGUACACAUCACCCUUGGAACUACAAAAGCACGAGAGAAAUUUAAGAGCUGACAAAAUGAAAGAAAUCAACAUCGAAAGAGCUUCCAACAAGUUCUAUCCUCCUUGGUUAUCUCACAAAUUACGCCGGCUUCAUGAACUUCCUAGCCCCCCAAGUGCUAGAAAUGCUCAGUUAAGUCAAGACCUCUAUGCUACUAUAGAAAGCCGGUUGACACCAUCAAAAAAUGCAUCUUCAUCAUAUCCAUUACCCACCCCUCCUGAGACCGGGUACCCUCGUGGCCAUCACAUGCCUUCAAGUGAAGCGAGAUUUUGUCACUCUGCUCCAGGGGGGAACAGUCCAGACCUCUACACAAAAAUGAAAACUUGCCACCAGCUUUAA